UACGUACAGUCAUGUUCGAAACUUUUGACUGUUGUUGAUAUGAAUUGAUCGUAUGAACUUUUUGAUCUGCCUUUAUUCUCAAUGAUGUCGCAUCGUAGAGACGUGUGAGUGAAAUACUAAUGCAAUUUAGUGCUUCUUGCAUCUCAAAUCUGGACACACUGUGGCAGAUAUUAUCUAGUGACAUGAGAAAUGAGAAGCGGCAAGGAAAUAUAUUUCGAUGAGAAGUGAUGAGUGAGAGCGGACGAUAAAUGUUUUUAUGAUUUAGAACGUUAUCGUCGAAAUGGGACCUCCCCCGGUAGUCACUGGAAUAUCACCGAAGGAAGGGCCACCUGGCACUCGAGUGAUAGUGCGUGGAGAAUUUUUAGGAAAUAAAGUUCAAGAUCUUAUUGGAUUGACAAUAUGUGGAUGCGACUGUCUACUAUCUGCAGAAUGGAAGUCUUCCAACAAAAUUAUAGCGAGAUCAGGACCAUGCAAAGGUCGUGGCGACAUCAUAGUGACGACUCGCAGUGGAGGACAGGGAACCUCAACGGUACAAUUUCGUGGUUAUCACGAGACUAUAGGCCCUAUGAAGGAGUCAGCUGUGUGGGUAGAGGAAGCUCCCAUACAAAGUUUAGGUUGGGGUAGAAGGGCAUUGUCACCUACAAAUUAUCAACAGGAAGAUCCUUUAGGACUUAGUGUUGAAGGAAACGAUAAAAAAUUUCCCGAGGAUGAAUUGAUGGAACUCUUUGGGGAUGGAAGUGGUGAUCUUACGAGUGAAAAGUUUCAUCCAGGAUGGUUUUUAUUACAGCAUCAUCAUGCCACAACUUUGGAAGACUUGAAAGCUGGUUUGGCUUAUCUUAAGAGAAAAGUCAAUUCCCAAAAGGAAGGACAAUUAUCAUUUCUUAAGGCCAAUGUGGGAGCAGUAAUGGAACAGCUAGAUACAAUAAUGUCAUUAAAAGAUCAGUUUGAAGCAGAUAUGAAGAGCUAUGGCAGCGAUCCCACAGAGAAACUGGAGACAGCUAUCAAGCAAUCUAUGUCAGAGGCUAAUAAAUUAUUUGACGAUGUAUUAGCGAGAAGGGACAGAGCUGAUGCCACUCGCAAUGCACUGGCUGUUAUGCAACGUUACAAAUUUCUCUUUUGUAUGCCGAUAAACAUUGAGAGAAAUAUCAAACGUGGCAAUUACGAUCUCGUAAUUAAUGACUAUGCCAGAGUUAAAAAUUUGUUUAAAAAUACAGAGGUGGAGGUCUUCAGGAAGGUAUUGGAAGAAAUUGAUAAUAGAAUUAGCAAUUUCAAAGUGCUGUUGCGAAAAAAAUUAGAAGAGAUGCCGUUCAGCUUAGAAGAGCGUAAGAAGAUCAUUAGAAACCUUGUCAAUCUCGACGCUGAGGGCGAUCCAGCAUGGGAUGCAAUAGUUUCACAUGCAAAUUAUCUAGAAAAAAGUGUCGCCAACGCUAUACACGAACAUCUGGACGCAGUUAAGAUUAAUUGCGAGGAUGGGAGCAAAAUGUCCAAGUCUACGCCGAUAAAUAUCAAACAGCUACGAUCACAGAAAAAUGACGAAAAUAAUUUACCACCACAAAUCUCAUGCGUCGAAGCGAUCUGCGACAUCGUGGUCGAACAAUUGCCGGAUUUGUGGAGAUUAGGACAGAGUUACUUCACAGGACAGUUACAUGUAGCAGUAGAUGCAGAAAAGCAAAGUCUUUUUAAAAAUUUAGUUUUAUCGAGUAUGCAACGCGCUAUGGAGGCCAUGAAAAGCACGUGCAGUCACGACGUAGAAGCCACAUGGCUAUUGCAUAUUUUACGUUGUGUUAGGCAAAUGUACGCGUCUCUGAUCCAUCUAGAUUUGCCUAGCGAAGCUCUCGAUAUCUUCGGAUCAUUUAUAUUGGAUUUAAGGAUACAGUGUUUGGUCGCUCUCUUCAAACAAGGGGCGGACAAUAUAACAGCUCUGAAUCGGAAAGAAACAUGGCAGAUAGAAUACUUAAACGAGGACGGUGGUGUCACAAAACUGCCGUACCUGUUCGAAGAAAUAGUCCUCGAGAUAUCGAAACACGCGCGCGACACGGUGGUCGCUUGCGGUCCGCGAGAAGGACCGCUGUUCAAUAAUCCGGCCUAUCAGAUUCUUUAUCACAAUACAAUUAAAACAUUGUUCGCGUCGUUCGCACGGUGCCUACAACAAUUGGCAUUUAGCGGUUGCGAAGAGGCGAUGGACAACGAUGAGACGUCGGUCUCGCAAUUGAUCGGCUCGCCUUCCGGCUACAAGAGUAAACCCAGUAAGCAUCAAGGACCGUCGUGGGAGCAAUGUCUCUUGAUCUCGUUAAGCAAUAUACGAUACACGCUAAAUACCGUUUUACCAAGAAUCGGAGACGCCCUAAAAGCUCAAGGCUACCCGGAGUUAUCCACCGCGGUGGGAUGGAACUCCGAUUGGACGCUACUGGAGACAUUAGACAGCGCCGUUUUGGACGCAUAUCUUAGACGCCGAUGCGAUCCACUGGUCGGCACGAUUGAGCCUAGCAUGUAUUUAGGCGGCUUGGAGUGGGACUUCGAUACUGAGCCGAAUCAUUUAAAGCCGUACGCGCAGGAAAUACUGGCGAAUCUAAUCGCGGUACACGCGGAGGUGCGCCGAGUUGCGCCAGCUUUACUGCAGCGGAUCUUGUCCCACAUAAUAGAGACCAUAGCGGAGGAGCUCGCGCGACUCAUGUCGUGCGUCACGCAAUUUCGUCCGGCCGGAAUAGUUCAAGCUCGAACGGAUAUAAUACUCUUGAGAAACGCUCUGCAAGCCUACAGCACGAGUAGAGCGAGAAGUUUCUUCGAGGAGGCCCUGGACGCGAUUCCUCAGCCCGUGAGUAAGGAGGAUCGCAUGCGAAUAGACGCCCUUUUGUCGAAAGUCACGACAUGCAUGAGACUGCAGUUGUCGUGUCUCGCCAGCAACGGAACGGAAAAUAUUCGUUACUUGACGGCGGAUCCCGAGCGUGUUACAACCGUGUAAUUUAUCACAUCAUUUAUGACCAAAGUAUCACGUAAAGUGCAACGGCAACGGGUAUGUUGUUAUUAUUACUUUAUUUUAUUAUGAUGUGUAUAUAUAUUACAUUAUACAACAGUUGAACAGCUUUAAAAUGACAAUUGAUCUAUACUUGCAAGUUGCAAUCUUUAUUUCACAAUUUCUUAUAGAAAUUAGAUAAUUUUCGGCAGAAUAUCUAUAUGCGUUAAAAUCCAUAUAAAACUUUGUACUGUUUCUGAGGUAUAUUUAAAAUCUUAAACACUAAGUCCCGUUUACCAUAAUUAGGCUUUUUGAAUUAAUUCCAAAACACCGACAUUCCCAGCUAAUAGUACCAUGUCGCCUAAAAUGUAAGAAUAGCGUAUUAUUGAAAAGUGAGAUUGAUAAUAAUAAAAGAUAUUCUCAGAUUA